UGGACUUCCGUUGGGUGGGGCAGCCCAACGUGGCCUUUUUUGUGGAGCUGGCGUUCAUGGGGCCGUACACGCGCCUCGUGCCGCGGGUGUCGAACCUGACGGUCAGGGGCACCCUGCGGCUGGCGCUGGCGCCGCUGGUUCCGACGCUGCCCGGCUUUGGGGCGCUUAUGAUUUCCCUCGUGCGGACGCCCCAGGUCAAGUUCGUGCUGGACUUUGGGCCUGUUCUUGGUGGGAAGUUUACGGCAAAGCCUGUGGCCGGGUUCCUGGACCCCUUCCUGCGCGACACGAUGGCCAACAUGGUGGUCUGGCCCCAGAG